AUGUCAUGGUUAAGUAACUUAGCCAAUAAAGCUGAAAAUUUUUUAAACACCCUCGAUAAUUCAGCUGCAGAAGUCUUCAGGUCAACUGAUCAACAGAGAUUUCUUGAAGAACAUAUCAGUGACUAUGUGGACAAUACUAGCAAUUAUCCCAUUGAGACAUCAUUUAGAUAUCACACAUUAACCGAUUCUAACCAGCCUAAUGAGUUGUUGAUAAAUUCAAGACAUGAUAUGCCUGUUACAGUGAAACCAUUGGAAAUGUCAGCUACAACUAGCUUUUAUCAAUCAUUAUCAGAAAGCAAUAAUCAGCGUACACUGGUUGACACAUUAAAUAAUAACACUUUAUCAGAAUUAUCAUCAUCGUCUUCUGUUCAAAGCAAAAUAUCCAGGAAUAAAGAUUUGAAAUCUGCAGCGAAAUCAAACAGUUCGAUACAACAAUCAAAUGAUUUAGAUUUAUUUAAUUUUUUAAAUACUACUAAAUCAGUCAACUCAGAUGAAAUCACCAAUCCAUUAGGACGAGACGCAGUGAGACGAGAUUCUUUAUUAUCUACUAGCGAUAAAAUUGAAGAAGAUCAGAGUAGUGGUUAUGAAACAUCACUGUCGACUAAACACUCUGGUACACCUGUUAAAACAAGUAAAGAAGAGAGUUCUACUGUAACAACUGUUCAUGAACUAGAGGUUCUAAGUGAAGAUUCUUGUAAACAGUCACGAAAUACACAUUCCUCUAUUACUAGUGAUCUUCAACUGGAGAAUAAACUUCUUCGUAGUGAAGUUUCGUCUUUAAGUCAAGAGGUGUCUGGAUUAUUGCGGCGUAAUCAUAAAGCUUCAGAAGAAAUUAAACAACUUACUGGUCAGGUUGAUCGUUUGAACAAUCAACUGAAAGAUUCUGAUCAACGUGUUCGUGAACUUCAAAUAAAAAUUAAGGAGUCUGAAUUAUCUAAAACGCCAAAUACCAACAAUGUUGAGUUGUUAGAAACUAAAUUGAAACAAACCGAAAUGGAAUUGUCAACUGUACAAAAUAAUUUGAAAUAUGUACAAUCUCAAUUGGAGAAAAAUAAGCUGACAAUCAAUACUUUGGAAGCUAGUCUGUAUGAAUCUCGUCAACAGAGUUUAAUUGCAGAUAAACGAAUUGAACUAACUCAAAAUGACAAUAUUCGAUUAACACGUGAAUUAACACAAUACAAAGAGAAAGCCAAUCAUAUUUUGGCAAUGAAAGAACGAGUGAUUUCAUCAUUACGGGGUCAAGAUGUAAAUUUGGAACAAUUACAAACUACAGUUGUCAAUAGUGAAAAUAAUUCAGAAAAUGAAUUGAUCACUUCUAUACGUGCAGAAUGUGAUUUAUUACGUGAAGAAGCUACUCGAUGGCGUCUAGAAGUUGAACAUAGAGAAAUGGCAAUGCAAGAAUUAGAAUUGCAAAUGCAAGCUGAGAAAGAUUCAUUACGGCGUAAUAUUGAAUUAUCAGAACAACAGGCAGAACGUGAAAAACAACUUCGAGAAGAAGCUGAUACAGAGUUGGCACAUUCAAGACAAUCUAUACGUGAAUUAGAAGAGACAUUCAGUCGUCAAAAAGCUGACCUACACAAUAAACUAAUGUCAACCGAGUCAGAAUUAGCUCGACUUAGACAAAUAGCAUCGAAUGAAUCGCUACGGAACACACCUCCUUCACGAAGUGAUCCAGAAAACAUAUUGACAUUAGAAUCACGUAUUAGACAAUUAACCGAUAAUCUUUUAUCGAAACAAGAUGCACUGGAUUCGGUGUUGGCACAAAAUCAUGCUUUAAAGAUUCGACUUGAUCAUGUAUUGAGUGAUAAUGAAUCACUUAUUUCAGCUUUACCUAAUUAUGAUACUCAAUUGAUUUUGGGAUAUGGUAGAUCUUAUCAAUCAUCUAUUGGAGGUUAUGGAUGUACUAAACUUAAUCUAUAUGAUACCCCGAUUCCUAAACAAUUAAGACCGUUAGCUUAUCGAAUAGAUAAUUUUGGUAUACAAAUCGUUAACAGUUUUCGUCGGUUCCCAGUUAUUCGUCUAACUGUUAUCAUUUAUUUAAUAAUUCUCCAUUUAUCGAUAAUUAUUGUGUCUUUCAUGCCAGUGGAUAACAUGAAAACUGUUACGGUUGGUGGCAGUGGCAGUAGUAAAGUGGUUAUAGAAAAUCCUCCUGUUGAAGCUAAUCGACUUCCUCAUGCUUUAAAUAAACCUUGA